UGCGUUCCUGCAAGUAACACAUAAAACACUGCAGCUUCAAAAACACUUCUAUCCCUUUUCUGGAACAGAAUACACUGGAACUUCAAUUAUACUUUUUUAAUUAAUUUAAUUAGUUUGGUUAACUGUAUGGAAAAGUUCGAUUUUCUAAUGCAGCUUGGAUCUAACAAGGGAAGGCAGAAAAGCAGUCUUCACUAGAAUGACAGAUUAACAAAACACAAUACCGGGUAAUGCAAGAAGCGAAAGCAAGUUGACUUUUGGAUUUUCAAUCUACUACAGAAGCAAAGCAUCGAUAAGGUUUGUUUGUUGUCUUUUCUGAAAUCCAACACAUUCACUUCAAAAUGAAGAUAUUUACAUGGACUUUGGGUAUGGUAUUAUUUCUACUACUGUCUACAGGCCAUUGCAGAGAACAGGCUGCACUCAAUAAAGUAUCCCAGAAACGGCAUCCUCGUUCAACAGAUGGUGGAGAAGAAGGGAAAAAGUGUGGUUACACGUUCCUGGUUCCUGAACAAAAAAUAACAGGGCCAAUUUGUGUAAACACUAAUGGACCACGUUCUGAUAACAGAAAAGAUGAAGUCACAAGGAUGGACAUAGAAAAUCUAAAGGAUGUACUAUCCAAGCAGAAACGGGAGAUUGACGUCUUGCAACUAGUGGUGGAUGUAGAUGGAAAUAUUGUGAAUGAAGUAAAAUUGUUGAGAAAAGAAAGUCGUAACAUGAACUCUCGAGUCACUCAACUUUACAUGCAGCUCUUGCAUGAGAUAAUCCGAAAGCGAGAUAAUUCUCUUGAGCUUUCCCAACUGGAAAACAAAAUCCUCAAUGUUACAACAGAAAUGCUGAAGAUGGCAACAAGAUACAGAGAGCUCGAAGUAAAAUAUGCAGCACUGACUGAUCUUGUAAACAAUCAGUCCGUGAUUAUUUCUUUAUUGGAAGAACAAUGCUUGCGGGUAUUCUCACGACAGGACACACAUGGGUCCCCACCUCUUGUUCAGGUGGUACCACAGCACAUACCUAACAGUCAACCCUAUACACCUGUGCUUUUGGGAGGUAAUGAAAUUCAGAGAGACCCAGGUUAUCCUAGAGAUAGAGAUGUAAGACCACCACCUGAUCCAGCUACUUCUCCUACAAAAAGUCCAUUUAGGAUACCGCCACUAGCUUUAAUUAACGAAGGCCCAUUCAAAGACUGUCAACAAGCCAAAGAAGCUGGGUAUUCCAACAGUGGAAUUUAUAUGAUCAAACCUGAAAACAGCAAUGAGCCAAUGCAGUUAUGGUGUGAGAACAGCCUGGACCCUGGAGGCUGGGCAGUUAUUCAGAAAAGGACAGAUGGAUCUGUCAAUUUCUUCAGGAAUUGGGACAGUUACAAGAAAGGAUUUGGCAAUGUUGAUGGAGAGUACUGGCUGGGACUAGAAAAUAUCUACAUGCUUACCAAUCAGGACAAUUACAGGUUGUUGAUUGAACUAGAAGACUGGAGCAAUAAGAAAGUUUAUGCAGAAUACAGCAGUUUUCGCCUGGAGCCUGAAAGUGAAUUUUAUAGGUUACGUCUGGGAACUUACCAAGGAAAUGCUGGGGACUCCAUGAUAUGGCACAAUGGAAAACAAUUUACAACACUAGACAGAGACAGAGAUAUGUACACAGGAAACUGUGCCCAUUUCCACAAAGGAGGCUGGUGGUACAAUGCCUGUGCACAUUCUAACCUUAAUGGAGUGUGGUAUAGAGGAGGCCAUUACAGAAGCAAGUAUCAGGAUGGGAUUUUUUGGGCUGAAUAUCGAGGAGGUUCAUACUCCUUGAAAGCAGUUCAAAUGAUGAUCAGACCAAUUGACUGAGUGGGGAGAAGUUAAAGCUCUAUCAUGCUCAAGUGAUCAAAUAGAAAAAAAACAAAAAAAACUUUUCAGUGCCUGGAUUCCAGAAAGAGUUACAUUUAGACCCUUAUUUUGCACAAUUUAGCUCUGCAAGAUGCAGAGCUACAAGUAUAUUUUAUUUGGGUUUUUUGUUCUUGUCUUCUUAAAAACUUUCUUACUGUGAGACAGCAUUUGUUACCUAUACGAGCUUGUAAUAACAUACAAAACAUGCAGGAAUUCCACCUGCAAUAAAUAUUUAUCUUUGUCCAAGUCCAAAACACAUGUAGUCAUUAAAGCUACUAAAAAAAGAUUUUCCAGUUGAAAUACAAGCUAUGAGCUUCUUCAGAUUCGUUCAACCAUUAUAUUUAAUGUGUGAAAUGAUUUAGUUUAAUAUGAAAAUUAUUCCAUUUCAGUUAUUUAACAAUUUAUUUAAAAUCUUUAUUAUAGGACGACUACUUAUAAAAAAACUGAUUUCACAUUAUUAUUAUUUUGAUAUUUACAUAUGCAAAUGAACUUGCAUCCUAAAAAAGACAAAAAUGAGACACUAGAUUUGCCUGAAGAAAUAUAUUUUGCACCAGUUAUUUCAAUACGGAGUUGCAAAUUAAGCAGAAAAUAAAUGUCAACGGCAUAGAAAACUCCUCCUAGAACGUGUGCAUCCUGCCUCUCAGCACACUUACAUAACAAUGUUCUCUGCAUGAUAAAUGAGAACAAAAGUAAGAAUGAAGUUAUAAUAAAACAUAUACUUUUAAGAAGCUGCAAAAAUAAAUUCCUUAGUGCUCAUAUCUUCUACUUGCUUUGGUAUUCAACACAUCUGGCAGACAGAGUGCUAUGGUACGUACUCCACUAAACAUGAAACACUUUCCUAAUAGCUUGAACUCGAACAUAACAGCAAAAGUGGUAUAAAUAAAAAAAAGGGCAAAUUAGAGCAUGAUACACAGAGGAUCUCAACAUCCCUCUAAUUGCAACCUCAUCCCAUUUCCCAAAGAGACGCCAACAUUAUUUUGGUAAUUUUUUUUUUUAUUUUAUUUAUUUAUUUUUUUUUAACUUUUAUUCAUUUCUGAUUUGAACAAAAUCCUGCAGUUUAUAUUAUGCCAAUAUGUAUCAAUUUGUUUCUAAACUCUGUAUAGAUACCCUCCAUGGGAUGUUUAUGUUUUUCUAGACAGGCAAAGGAAGCUGAUAUGCAGCUGUAAAUCAACCUUCAAAGCAAAACUUAAGUAUUUUUUCUUGUUGUUUUAUUUAGUUUCUUUUGCAGUUUGUUUUUUUUAUGGUAAACCUAAGCUGACACUCCAGUUGACUAAGUGGGUGAAAAAGAUAAGGACAUUUAACUACUUCACUUGCAUAUGUAUCUAAUGAAUACCAAAAAAAAAAUGUAAUCCAAAAGGUAGGAUUUUCUUGGUUUCACGGUCUCAAGUAGAUUUUGUUAACAGUUCAAAGAACAGUUCCAUGGAAGAAGUUUGUUUUCAUGGAAGAAGUUUUGAACAGUUUGUUCAACAAAAUAGUUUAAAAUCCAAUUCUUAACUUCUACAAUGCAGCUAAUAUACAUUAUAAAGCUGCAAAUGAGGUGACUUUUAAACUCUAACAUUUUACUCUAUAAAAUUUUCAGUCACAUGAACUUCUCAAAUCUGCCACUCUCCCCCUUCGUAGCUGGCAAAUAUCUUCGUUAUAAAGCUAAAAAAGGACUUUUAAACUAAAGCUUAAGACUAUUUCUUAAUGGAUUUUAGGAGUUCCAUCUCAACAUGCACAAAAUAUAUUUUUUCGUGUCCCUGAAAGAACAGAUCCAUCUCAGUAUAUGCCUGGGCACCUUUUCUGUAACCACUUGUAAGGCUGUGAGGUAAAGACUAAACUGCAUUAUUGCUAGGUUUGGCAAGAUUCAGGGUUUUUUUUUUUCCACUAAUCAGUAAGCAUGGAUAAAAUGUUGAUCUCACCUCACACAGUCCGGUGAAAAAAAUACUUCCAUUGUUAAUAAUCAAAAUUUAUAGAAAGGGGGCUUAAGAAAAAUGAUAGCUGAUGGAGUGUGAGACAGAGGGAGCAGUCCCUGCAGAACCAUGCUGACUGUAGCUUGGACUGCAACUCCCGAAACCUCAGGGGACUAGGAACAAAGGAAGAGGAAGUGACAAAGUGGACAAGGGAGCUACAGGCAAGUGGAGCUAAAAGGGAGGGCAGCUCUGCUGCUCAGCCGGCGCAGUCCUACAGUUGUUACAUUUGUUGAGGCAGGUGGUUAAAAUUCACAAUCCUGAAAAUUUAAAUAGAUAAAAAUUUAAAUAAAUGCUUAAAAUGAAUAGCAAUAUUAUCUAUCAAAAUAAUUAAAAAAUAAAAGUUGAAUUGUGCCAAGCCUAAUUAUUGAAAGAUACCCACGAGUUGACAGUAGGUCUAGCUGACUGACUUCAAAGUCUUAAGGGGUAAGAUUUAUCUUAAGCAAUAUCAGCAAUCAAAAUUCAUAUUUCUUAACCAUUUAGACAAAAAAAUGCAACUUUAAGAGUCUUCCAGGAUCCUUUAAGUAAGAUGCAUUUGCCACGAGUUAACAAAUUCACUGAGUCCAUGAGCUUUGUUAACAUAAUGGACAUCAUAACAUUUCAUUCUUAGCUACUUUAGAUGCCAAGAUCCUGAUCUAAAGCCUUAUUGCUUUUCAAUCAAGCUGGAGGGGAAAGCAGAGAGCCUGUUGACAGAAGAUAGGAUGCAUGCAUAGAAGGCAACAGAAAGUGAACAAUUUUAUUCUAGGGAAGGAGAUGGAUAACUGCCUUGACCUGAAACUACAUAAGAAAAAUAAUGGGCGAAACGGAGAAUACCUUAUAGACAAAGGACAGCCUGUGGCCUAGAAGAAUAAGCACUGCAUUGGGAGUUGCACCAAUCACUUAAAAGUGAUUAAAAUGAGUUCCAAGUUUCAACUACACGUAUGUAAUCUGUAAGAGGCUACUUAACCAGAAGACUUGUCAUGUCCGAGUCUGCUGACAGACUUGAAAACAAACAAACAAAACCA